AUGGCUCCUAUCCAUAUAUACUCGCAAAGCCCAAUCAAUGCGGCCAAGCCGGAUGGAGUGACUCCGCAGACAGACGGACCGACCGACGAAAAAGCUCCCAAUGCGCAUCCUGCAACAACGAGCGCUGCCGUGUUUACCGGAGCUGCCAGUGGGGGCCCUCCUGCACGACCCGGUGCAGUUCCAAGCCUGCCACAGCCAACGGGAGCCCCUCGAAUCAACCGCUAUCAGCCUGUCCAGCCCACGCCUACCGCGAAAGCAGCCAAUGCAGGCCCUCCGCCUCCGCAGCCUGGAGCCGUGCCUUUGCCACCCAGCAGAGGACCACCAACAGAUGCACAAAUUUUCCCAAAUCCCGCACAGCAGACACCAGUCCCGUCUGCAGCUGAUGCAAGUGCUGCUCUGCCGAACCAAUAUCCGCCACAGAUGUCCAUCCCCCCUUUGACAUCAGCAGCCUACCCACCUCCCCGCGGCACCUAUACCUCAGUACAGCCGCAAGCUCCGACCGGUACCUGGCCAAGCAUACCACAGCCGACCGGGGUUUUUGCGGUGCCUCCACCUGUUGAUGAGCGAUAUCUAGGCCACCCCCCUGGCUACACGCAGAACGCACAUGCGGGUGACAUGAACAGCUCCGAAAGGGCUGCAGCCCAGGCAGAAGUCUAUGGCAGCGAGGACAAGGACGGCGUAUGGGAUGUAGCCAAGAAGCUUGCAAGAGCGGCUGGCGACCGAAUCUCAGCAGCCGAGACAGAGGUCUGGAGGCGGAUCAACAGCGAGAGCGGUUAA